AUGGACAAAUUAUAUAUUGGUAUAAGAGCUGAAGAUAAAUCGUAUAUGGAAAGAAGAACACCUAUUCCCCCUCAUGAUUGCAAGUAUAUAAUGGAAAAAGUAAGUUAAUUUAAAAUAUUGAUAGCAUAAUCGAAUUUAAAUAGUAGUAUAGCCUUCUACAAAGAGAAUAUUUACAGAUGAUCAAUAUUUAGAGGUUGGAUGCUUGGUUUAAGAAGAUUUAUAAAUAUGCAGAGCAAUAAUCUGUAUAAAAGAAAUCCCGCUAGAAAAAUAUAUUGAAGGAAUGACUUAUUUAAAUUGGUCUCAUACUUUAGAAGCAGAACCAUAUAAUAUGCCAGGAUGUGAUGCUUAAGAAAAAUAUUAGACAUUUAGAAUAUGAAAGAAUUUAUGAUGAUAACGUAAACAAAAAAUAUACUAGAUUAGGGUGUUAACAUAACUUCAUUUCCUUAUGCAGGUAUAUCAGGAAUUAUAACAUUUUUGAAUGAAUAUGGUAAGUAUUUAUUAAAAAGAG